AUGGGCAUCGUCUCAACUCUGACCGUUCCGGCAGAGUUAAGUGUACUCGCUGUCGUUCUCUUGGGUAUCCUCGUGGUAGCUCUCUAUAUCGUCUCUCCCCGUCCGCGACCUGCGACUGAGAAUGAGGUCUACUACCUUGAUGCUGGCACUGGGACCCGUACACGCUUUCCCUCCCUCCUCAGUGAACCACAAUAUGUGAACGGCAAGCGCAUAUCCCUUUCAGUUAUUGUCCCAGCAUAUAAAGAGACAGCCCGACUUCCGAGUAUGUUGAAAGAGACAGUGGAAUACUUGGACAACCGGACGCAGCGAGAGAAGGAUUUCCUGUAUGAAAUUAUUAUCGUGGAUGACGGGAGUGGGGAUGACACAAGUCGAAAAUUGGCGGUUGGCGGAUAUAGAGUGAUGACGUUGAAAAGACCGAGAAAGGGAGGGGCGGUAACGCAGGGGAUGUUGGUUUCGAGAGGUCAGAAGCUCCUCUUUGCCGACGCUGACGGUGCUACACGGUUUUCUGACGUAGAGGAGCUCGAAGCGCGUCUUGAUGCCGUUUCACGGAACGGGCUUGGAGUCGCUGUCGGGUCACGGGCACAUAUGGUGAAAUCUGACGCCGUCGUAAAGCGAUCUUUCAUCCGCAAUUUUCUCAUGCAUGGGUUCCAUACUGUUCUUUUCAUUCUCGGCAUUGCGUCCAUAAAGGAUACACAAUGUGGAUUCAAGCUUCUAACGCGAGGCGCGGCCCGUUCCAUCUUCCCAAAUAUGCACGCUGAAGGGUGGAUUUUUGACAUUGAAUUGCUUCUCAUUGCUUUGAAUCUCGGGAUCCCCAUUGUGGAAGUUCCUGUGAACUGGCACGAGGUAGAAGGGACAAAAAUGUCACUGGUCAGGGAUUCAGUUGUAAUGUUGGUAGACUUACUGGUGAUUAGACUGAAUUACCUACUUGGAUUGUGGCAAGUAAAAGGGGAGAGACAAAAGCAGUCUUGAAGUGUCGUGGGCUGAACACUACUAGAAUGACGACUAAGGUGCCAUGGUUUGAGAUCUGGAAUUGAAGACGCUAACUUAAAUACAACGUUCCAAAACUAGUGGUAUUUGCUAUGCUAAUCACUAUCGCUAUCGCCACUAUCGCCAUCACUAUCCUCCGCACUACUAUUCUCGUCUGCCUCGCCAUCCUUCGCACCUUGGGUCUCCUUUCC